AUGUCUGAAAGGGGUCAACAAAGAGGAGGUGGUCGUGGAGGUGGCAGAGGUUAUGGUGAACACAGAGGGGGCAGGGGAGGUGGUAGAGGAGGACAUGGUGGUGGCGGGGGGAAUUUCGAGAAACCAAAGAAGGAGAAUAUCUUGGAUUUAGGGAAGUACAUGGAUAAGCAGAUCACAGUCAAGUUCAAUGGUGGUAGGGAGGUUAAAGGCACUUUGAAGGGUUAUGAUGCUCUGAUGAAUUUAGUUUUGGAUGAUGUGGAGGAAAAGCUGACUGAUGAAGAAGGAAAGGAAGCAUGGAGAUCGUUGGGUUUAGUAGUUGCAAGAGGAACCUUACUCAUUGGAAUAAGCCCAGUCGAUGGCAGCGAAGAAAUCGCGAAUCCUUUCGUACAACAAGAAGAAUGA